UCCGCCCCGCCCGCCCGGCUGGCUGUCACUUGCUAGCACGCGAGACAGCCAUGGCUGCCCUCAGCAAGAUAACGCACAGCUGUUAUGAAGUCGGUCACACUUGGAACCCGUCAUGUUUGCAGUCCGCCGUAGAAAUAACGAGGUGCGCUCUGGAGGUCUCCUUCAAAAUAUACGCUCCUCUUUAUUUGAUAGCAGCUAUUCUUAGAAGAAGAAAGAAGGAUUACUACUUAAAAAGGCUCCUUCCUGAGAUCUUACGGUCUACCUCUUUCCUCUCAACGAAUGCAGGCCUCUAUAUACUCUUCUUCUGCAUUCUCAGGAAACUGCUGGGAGGAUUUUAUUCCUGGUCUGCUGGAUUUGGCUCAGCCCUACCGGCCUCUUAUCUUGCGAUCCUCUUGGAACGAAAGAGCAGGAGAGGGCUUCUCACAAUAUACAUGACAAAUCUUGCAACAGAGACCUUGUUCCGCAUGGCUGUGACACGAGGCUUCAUCAAACCGAUCAAACAUGGCGAGGUGCUCCUGUUCUGCAUAACUGCAUCCCUCUACAUGUUCUUCUUCAGGAAUAAAGAUGGCCUUAAAGGCUUUUCAUUCUCUGCAUUAAAAUUCAUCGUCGGCAAGGAAGAGAUCCCAUCUCAUUCUGCUCUGGCUGAGCAAAUUCCUGCAACUCCCCAGGAGGUGUUGGAUUCCUCAGAGCCUUCACGUGCCCCGCCAACGCGUAUGGGGUCGAGGAGCAUAUCUUUGCUAGCAUACACCGGGGAAUUUCUGGAAUCAAUAUGCAAACGAGGUCCAAAACACAGAUGUUGUAAACAUCGUCAUGACAACUGCAUUUCCUACUGCGUUAAAGGUUUCGUGAGGAUGUUCAGCGUCGGCUACUUGAUCCAGUGCUGCCUUAAAGUGCCCUCAGCUUUCCGGUACCUCUUCUCCAAACCUUCACAGCUCCCUUCCCUCUUCUACAACAAAGACAACUUCCAGCUCGGUGCCUUUUUAGGCUCCUUUGUUAGCAUCUACAAGGGAGCAAGUUGCUUGCUUCGGUGGUUGCGAGAUAUUGAUGAUGAGCUCCACGCUUUGGUGGCUGGCUUCCUGGCGGGAACCUCCAUGUUCUUCUACAAGAGCACAUCGAUAUCCAUGUAUCUCUUCUCUAAACUGGUGGAGACCUUGUACUUCAAGGGCAUCGAGGCCGGCCAUUUCCCGUACUUCCCGCAAGCCGAUACGUAUCUCUAUGCCAUCUCCACCGCCAUCUGCUUUCAAGCUGCUGUGAUGGAAAUGCAAAAUCUUCGACCUGCCUACUGGAAGUUUCUUCUGCGUCUCACCAAGGGCAGGUUUGGCCUGAUGAACCGACAGCUGUUGGAUGUUUUCGGCACACAGGCCUCGAGGAACUUUGGGGGUUUUGUGCCCCAACUGGACCCUCGCUAUGUUUCAAUGCCCAGCCACACAAUGCUUCCACCAGGGGGCGACGUUCAGCUUGGAUGAUUUACAUUGAGUGUCGAGGAGAGGUUGUGGUAAUCAAAAAUAAUGAUCUUUGAGAUGGGUUAUUUGAGGGUUGCCUUGACCAGCCUGUUCUGAGUCUUUGGGGAUGUGGCCAGAUGCAUUUGAUGCAUAUGAUGGCCUUUUGCUAGUCUAUGAACUAAAGAAAAUCUGCAGUGCUCAAUUAUGCAUUUUUCCGGUAAAAUGGCCAUCAAGGUUGUAGCAUUCCACCUCUUAACUUUUUCUGUCUCAGGUUCCCUCGCGGUUGUUGGAAUGGUGUUUUGGACAAGCUAGAUAAUCCUUCAGCUAUUGACAGUUGAACAAUGAGGUUUACUGUCUAACUUAAUCACAGGUGUGAGUUUAACCCCCUAAAUCCAUUCAAUUUGAUCAGUCCAACCAAAAAGAACAGAUACAACCCUGAGCCUUCUUUUUAACUUGCAACAUUGCUGUGAUUUAGCAUCCAUACUUUUGCACUAUCAUCAUCUCUGGUUUCUUUGUUGGGUAUACAUUUUACUUCUAAGGAAGCAUUCAAACAAAUAAGAGGGUGUGGAAAAUUGACUUUAAUGACUUUUAUAUGAACAGUUGGGUCUCUGAAAUACUUCAAAUUAAAUUGCGCAGCCAAGUAAAUUCCUUGGAAGCUGCCUAUUUCCAAUUAUGUGAAUGAGUCAUGUCAUUAAGAUAUGAGUGAUUUAAAUUCUGCGAAAAAAAAAUCUCUUAGAAUAAUACAUUGUCAAGUUUUGAUUGACCAAAAUAGAUGAGAUGUGUGUCACAUUGUUUUAGUUUCUUGUUUCAUAUUACCAAUUUGUGCAGUUUGAAUUCACAGCAAAGUCAAAUGUAUCUAAUGGUGACCAUCUGUGCAAAAGAAACGAUGUAAUUUUAUAUUUACAUUUGUCGGAUUGCAGUUUACCUACCUGCAGGAAACGUUUUAUUCACAGCUCAGAUAGGUGCUCAGCUCCCCACAUUAAUAGCGUGUACCCAAAAACUUUCAUAACAUAUUUUACACAGUUGAUUUUUAACUUCAGGUUUAUUACGGUAAGCGGACUUGGUCAUGUAUGAAAUUCGACUUUGUUUCUCGACAUUUUGCAUCCAGCACUUCGGAACAGCUUUAGACACAUGUGACCUCUGUUAGAAAAAUUGUGGAAAAGAUGACAGCACACUAACAAAAUCUAUGUUACAUAUUACACAAAUGUAAUUGUCUGCACAUGUUUAUGAUUCAUGUGAACAUGAAGUAUUAAAUAUUUUUUAAUUUAUA